CCACCCCAAACAUACAAAACACGCGAGUUCGCUCAGAGGAACAUAAAAUGGAUAACGUUGUUGUCUAUUCCAUUCUCCACUCUCCACUCUCUUUCUGUUUCUAGUUUCACCAGACAACAACAUAUGCUUCAAUGGCUUCUUCUUUACCUCUCUAUCAACUAACGCCUUGUUUCUUCUCAAAAACCCAGUUCCAAGGUUUGCACCAUAGCUAUUUGUGGCGACCUACGUUUGGCUCUUGUGUUCAAAACAAACUGCGACCUGUUAAAGCUUCGGUUAAUGCUCCCCCAUUUCCAUUGUUUCAGCCUCCCACAGUUGAAGAUCCAUCUUCUCAGUUGGAGCCUGUGGAUCCGGAUUUCUACAGGAUAGGAUAUGUCCGAAGCAUGCGAGCUUAUGGAGUUGAUUUUAAGGAAGGGCCAAAUGGUUUUGGUGUGUAUGCUUCUAAAGAUGUUGAACCUCUUCGCCGACCAAGGGUUAUAAUGGAAAUUCCUCUUGAAUUGAUGCUAACAAUAAGCAAGAAGCUUCCGUGGAUGUUUUUCCCUGAUAUAAUUCCGAUUGGUCAUCCAAUAUUUGAUAUUAUCAACUCGACAGAUCCAGAGACAGAUUGGGAUUUACGAUUAGCCUGCCUUCUCUUGUUUUCAUUCGACUGCAAGGACAACUUUUGGCAGUAUUACGGUGAUUUCUUACCAAGUGCAGAUGAAAGUACUAGCUUACUUCUAGCUUCAGAGGAGGAACUUUUGGAGCUGCAGGAUCCCGAUCUUGCUUCUACAAUUAGAAUUGAGCAACGACGAGUUUUAGAUUUCUGGGAGAAGCACUGGCAUACUGGUGCGCCCCUAAAAGUGAAACGUCUUGCGCGUGAUCCUAAAAGGUUCACUUGGGCAGUGGGAAUUGCACAGUCAAGAUGUAUCAACAUGCAAAUGAGAAUGUGUGCAUUAACUCAGGAUGCAAAUAUGCUGAUUCCUUAUGCCGAUAUGCUGAACCAUUCAUUUGAGCCAAACUGUUUUUUCCAUUGGCGGUUUAAGGACAGGAUGCUUGAGGUUCUUAUAAAUGCUGGACAAAAGAUUAAAAAAGGAGACGAGAUGACAGUUGAUUACAUGAGUGCACAGAAGAAUGACAUGUUAAUGCAAAGAUACGGAUUUUCCUCGCCAGUGAAUCCUUGGGAUGUAAUCGAAUUCUCGGGAAAGGCACAAAUCCAUUUGGAUUCCUUCUUGUCAGUUUUCAACAUAUCAGGCCUUCCGGAAGAGUAUUAUCGUAACGAAGUUCUAUCGAAUGCUGGAGAUACUUUUGUUGAUGGAGCGGUCAUAGCUGCAGCGCGAACAUUGCCAACAUGGUCAGUUGGAGACAUGCCUCCAAUCCCAAGCAAAGAAAGGAAGGCUGCAAAGGCAAUACAACUCGAGUGCAAACAAAUGCUUGCAAAAUUUGCUACCACCUCUAAGCAAGACAAAAAAUUGUUAGAUUCUUCACCGGAAGCCACGAGAACGCUUGAAGCUGCAAUAAAGUAUAGAUUGCACAGGAAACUGUUAAUCGAAAAAGUUUUCCUUGCAUUGGAGAUCUAUGUAGAGCAAUUACUGUUCUGAUUUUGAUUCUACUAACUGUACAAUAGCCAUGAAAAUUUUGUAACAUUGUUGUGUACCUGUAUCACUAGUUUAGGCAAUGAUUCUAUUCUGUUAUAUUCAUUUUGUUUUAUCCUAAUAGAAGUGUAGUAGUUAUUUGAUUACUAUAAACCGGAUUUCUGUGUGCUUAUAAUCUAGAGUUAUGUGUGCCUUGACCAAGAUAGACACACAUAACCAGAUUAUAAGCUAGCUUGAGCUGUGAUACAUGAAAAAUCCAGUGAGUUCUUGCAGUAGAAGGUAACUCUAGCUUAUAAACAAUUGUACCUAACUCUGAGUUCUUCCUCAGCUGCAGAAUGUUUUCUAUAUUGUUGUAGCUUAACCAGCACUUCAUCUCCCACUUGCAUAGAUACUUCUUGCCUGUUUUUUAUCAGCAUGGGCCUUCAUCACAUGUUGUGCUCUUGCCUAGUUGAUCUUUAACUUAGCUAACAAGGCAUCUAUGUUUUCUAGUUGCUAACUUAGCUAAGAAGGUUAUCUGUUGAGAGUAGGGGAUCUCGCCCAUAUAGUGCUUUGAAUGAUGUCACCCUAAGCUAGUGUGGAAAUCAAUGUUGUACCGAAAUUUGACCCAAGGUAAAGUUUUUACCCAACCUUUAGGAUUCUCAUACGUGAAGCAUCGGAGGUACAUUUGCAGGCAGUUGUUUAGAAUUUCAGAUUUACCAUCUGAUUGUGGAUGAUAUGCUGAAGACAUGGUCAAUGUAGUACCUUGUGACUUGAAUAAAUUCUGCCUGAAUGAGCUAGUAAACACGUUAUCCCAAUCAGACACAAUUGAUUUAGGUAUUCCAUGCAGCUUGACUAUAUUAUAAAGGGUAAAAAAAUGAGCAUACUUAGGGAGUCUAUCCACUACAACCAUGAUCUUUAUGAAGCCAUGCUUGUUGUUCAAGGG